AUGAGUGCCUUGGAGAUGCCGGCCAAUAUCAGUACUCUGGUGUUGACUGACUUCUUCAAGGCUUUUGAUAUGGUGGAUCACACCAUUGCUUUUGAGAAGCUUUUGCAAAUGAAUGUACCUCCUGAAAUAGUUCAGUGGAUAGUCGGCUUUAUCUCCCAAAGGUCUCAGCGUGUUAUUUAUAAAGGGGCGUUAUCUGAAUGGGCUACCCUCACAGUUGGGGUUCCUCAGGGAACCCUAUUAGCAGUGUUAAUCUUUUUAAUUUAUGUCAAUGACUCUUUACAAAAUGUUGAAAAUAUGGGAGCUGAUGCCUGGAAGUAUGUUGACGACCAAACAAUUGGUGAAACAUCUAAAUUUGGUGAACCUGGUAAUUUGCAAGCAGUCCUUGACAACCUUUACAACUGGACCAAAAGUAAUAAACUUAAGCUCAACCUUUCCAAAUGCCAGGGGAUUAGAUUUUACUUUGGUCGUCGACCACUUCCAGACAUCAGCCUCCACAUCUCUAAUGAAAAUCUUCCUGUUGUAAAUUCUGUUAAGUUGUUGGGGGUGGUCUUUGAUAACGACCUCAAAUGGUCAAGUAAUACUGAUGCUAUCAUUGCCAAAGCAAAUUGUAAACUUUUUAUUUUGUGGUCGUUGAGGAGAGCUGGUUUCAAUUGUGAUGAACUCCUAACGAUCUACAGGAGUCAUGUACGGCCUGUUCUUGAGUAUGCUGCGCCUCUGUGGCACCCAGGCUUAACUAAACAACAAAGCAUGGCGAUUGAGCGUAUCCAAACGCGAGUUUGUCGGUGCAUUUUAGCCGAUAAGUUUAUUAGUUAUAGUGAUGCCCUUUCGAAGCUUGGAGAGACUUUCUGA